AUUAUAUUUCCAGUUUAUAUGUGCGUGCACUUUUCAUACAAACUUAGUUAAAGUGCGCCAUUACUCACUCGACCAAAUGGAGCAUUUUGAUUUGCAAAAGGUUUUAUUCUCAAUAUUCUUCGUUACUUUACUUACUUGGUGCGUGAAUUAUUUAUGGUGGAAUAGAAGAUCGAUUAUUUGCACGUGGCGAAUUCCCGGUCCUCCUACUUUUCCAAUUAUAGGAAAUUCUUAUAAAUUUUUCCGAAGAGACGUCGAACUAUUCGAUAUCUUGAUCGAAUACUUCCAAUAUCCCGGAAUUGGAAAGUUUUUGUUCGGCAACAAAUUAUGGUGUCUAAUUUUCGAACCGAGAUACAUACAAAAAGUCUUAAAUUCCUCCAUAACUAUCGACAAACCUAAAGAUUACGAUCGAGUGACCGAAUUAAUCGGCGAAGGCCUUCUAUCGUCAUCUUAUGAAAUAUCACAGCCCAUUAGAAAAGCAGUCGCGCCCAUGUUUAGCGAAAAGGCUUUGAUGACUUACGUGCCGAUUUUCAACCAAAGCAGUGCGCUUUUUGCGAAUAUUUUGAAACAAUUAGCGGGUCAGAAAUCAAUUCAUUGGGAAACCAUAACGGCUAAAUAUUUUGUGGACACCUCUUGCAAAACUUUGCUCGGAUUUAAUGUACCAAUAAAUCUAAACGAGUCCAAUAAGUAUGACUUGGCGUAUUGUAUACGAAGAGUAAUUGAUUUAUUAACAUACCGAUAUGUGUCUAUUUGGCUCAACGUUAGAUUUUUGUGGAACUUAUCUAAAACGAAGAAAGAGAUAGACAAAUGCCUAGAAAUCUUCGAAAAUCACGUUCAACAAAUCCUGAAGAAAAGAAUAGAAAAAAACGGCCAGGACAAAUUCGAAAAUGAUUUGUUUAGAUACAUUGACACCAACCCGGGAUUUUCCAAAGCAGAAGUUAGCGAUAUUGAUGUUAUAAAACCUCUUUUGGCAUUAUCUGUUGAAGUCAGCAGUAUAACAUUAUGUACCGUUUUGAUCACACUGGCACUGUACCCAGAUAUACAGCAACAAGUCCACCAAGAAGUAGUAGAUGUUGUGGGGCAACAACAGAUAAAAAUCUCCGAUCUUCCACGUUUAGAACUAACAGAUAGAGUCAUAAAAGAAACCAUGAGAUUAUUUCCGCCAUUUACGAUCUACGCUCGGGAAACCACCGCCGAAUUACAUUUAGAUCAAUACAUUAUACCGGCCGAUUCUACAAUGGUUAUAUUUCCGGAGUUAGUCCACAGGAAUCCUAAAUAUUGGAAAGACCCCCUUCAAUUCGACCCUAAUAGAUUUUUACCAGAAGCAGUGGCCCAAAGGAACCCAUACGCUUAUAUUCCAUUUUCUCAUGGCGCAAGAAAUUGCCUAGGUUGGGAACACUCUUUAGUCAAUUUAAAAAUAGUCACAGCAACUGUGAUAAGAGAUUUAAAAGUGUUUACUGAUUACAAAUCGAUAGAAGAGAUUAAAAGAAACUUCAAACUAAUUCUGAAGUUACCCGAGGGCUGCAAAUUAUGGUUCGAAAUAAGAAAAUAAGUUGCGCUUUCUCCCGAUUCCUCCUGCAAUCACUGGAUUUAGAAGACAAACUAU